AUGACUGAUUAUAUGAGUAGAGAUGAGUUAUCAGAUGAAGAAAAUAUUGCUCAACUAGCCUUGCUUGCUUAUUGUGAUCCAAUCACCUUUGAUGAUGUUAUGAGAAGUUCAAAAUGGAGGAAAGCUAUGGACUUAGAGAUUGAAGCAAUUGUAAUGGAUAUACAAGACAUGCUCAAGGAAAAUGGAGAAGUUGACAAAUACAAAGUCAGACGUGAAGUCAGCUUUCUUGCAUAG